CUCUAUGAUAGAAUUCUCUACAUUUUCACCCGCUUCACUGCUAAAUGCCUUUACUCUCCGCAGCUGGCGCCUCACUACUCACAGGUUGUGAGACGUGUCUUACCUCGCCCCUCUCGCCUGCCUCCUCUUCAGUCUGGUGGUAGACUCCUCCUCAAGACUGUCACCUCGGUGCUUCGUGACCUGGCCGUCGACAUCCCCGAAGAAGAGGAGGAGGAGGAGCCUGGUCCCCUACCCUGGCGGUUGAUCGUACCUGACGUUCACUACACCCCGACUACCACUGCUGCUCUUCCUGCACUCCACCGGUAACUGGUACUGGAGUCUGUUGCCGCGGUACUGGCCUCCCUUCCCAUGCCUCGCUCCAUCUAUGCUGACGGUUCCGUGCAGUCCAAUGGCCAGGCAGGAUUUGCUGUCUUCACUGAUAUGGAUGCUCUUCUUGGAGGCUGGGUGGGCCGGCGUCUUCCAGAUUCGUCCUCCUCCACCUACUGCGAGCUUUGUGGCAUUCUGGAUGCAGCCCGCUUUCUGUGUCGGCGCGGGCUGAGUGCAGUCAUUAUCUGUGACUCUCAGUCUGCUCUCGGGGCCCUUUCAAGCGGCACCCCACAGUUCCCUGCUCUUGUAAACUCUGUUCUGUCUCUCUUGACUUUGGGGCAUGCCAGGGGUAUUACCAUCAAAUUUAUGUGGGUUCCUUCUCACGUCAAUCUUGCUCACCACGACAGAGUUGAUGCCCUUGCUAAGGCAGCCUACACUUUGAACCACUACGAGGAUUGUAAAACACAGGAAUACCAUAUUUGUUUCUUUCUUCCAUCGAAGCAGAAAACUACCCCUAUAUCAAAGAACUACUUUCACACCAGAAGAGCCAGGUUGCUGCAAGUCUACUGCCUACACCAAAUGAGAAAGACACGGAACUGGAUGCAGACAACGAUUUAUUUGAAUUUGAUUAACAAGAUAGCUGGUGAUGAUCUAUGGCCCUGCCACAGCAGUACACACACAAUAUCACUGAUGCUAUAGUCAAAUAUGAAGGCCGCUGAGGGGCGAGACCUAACGGGGAUUCCCCGGCUGCGGCUCCGCCAAGCAUCGUAGCACAUGUUUCGAUCUCAUUAUUAAC